AUGGCGGGGGCGGCUUCUUGUUCGUUUGCGGUUGUGUCGUUUUGCCAUUGUUGGCCGUGGUUUCCCUUGUACCGCCAAUCCAAGCCAAUCCAAAAAGUUGAAUCACCACGGCAAAAAGAAAACCUCGGCUCCGCAAAGCGCAAAAGACGACUCCCUCGCACGACAUGGGCACCCAUCUUAUACGUAUCCCUCCCUGCGCUUACCAGACCCAAGACCGACGACGCACGCCCAUCACGACAUAAGACAAGACGGUCCAGUCAGACUUUGAUCCUGGGCAUUGGGCCAGAUUUGGGUGCGAAACAGGGUGGAAAAGUGCAACCCUUGCCUAGAUCUGCAAGCCACGCGACCCCCGGCUCGGUCCAACUGCAGCCUGCAGGUACCCUGCCUUGCGGCUCUGGCAAUCCUUGA